AGACAUGCCUCUUUCUAAAAUAUAAAAAAAGAAAAAGAAUGUAUGUCAAUUAAUUCUUUAAAUUGUUCUACCAAUCAGUUUAUUGAUAAUAUUUUUUUCUUUUUCUUUUUUUUUUUCAGAAGAAUUUCGAUAGGAUGGCGACCAAACCAAGAAACAUGUUUCUAGGUCAUACCAGGCUGGCGGAACAUGUGUUCAAAGUCAAAGAUUUGCUAAUUGAGCAACCCAUACCAUUCCAUGUCCGGACAUUCAAAUAUCUUAAGCAUAUAAUAUAAGGGCCUGUUAGGUUUCCCAAUAUUAUUUUAGAAUCACAAUUCUAACUUAACUCUAUCCACUACAAAACAAAAUAAUUCAUACAAAGUUAAAGAGUGGACCCCAUUUAUACCACUUUUUUCCAUAACAAAACAACAUAACUCAUACAAAGUCAAAGGGUGGGCCCCAUUUAUACCACUCAAAAUCAAAAUCAAAAUCUGAUUUUAAAAUUUUACUACGAAACCAAAUGCAAUAUAAGUUACUAGCAUCGUUCUUUCUUAAGCAUGCGUGCAUAAACAUUCCAUCCCCUGCUGAUCUCUAGACUUAACUCCCAACUCUCACUUCUCUGUUCUGUUAGUCCGAACCGGACACUUGUCGGCCAGUCCCUCUCCAUGACGAGUCUUCUGUCUUCUUAUGUCCUGCAAUAUCCCACGGGUUUAACCAAUCCUCGCAUGUACUCGAAGACAGAGAUGAACUCGAAGUCCCAUCCCAGCCGGUCGACAGCUCAACACAAGGCAUUAUCAGCAUUAACGGGGAGGGCUGCAUUCGGGGUAGAGGCGGAAAAGGAGGACAAGGAGGAUUAUGAGAAGCAGAAGCCAACUCUUAACAGUCGAGCCAGGCCGAGGGUAGUUGCAGUGGAUCCAAAGAACAGCAAAGGGCCCAUUUCGGAAGCCGUUGAUCACGUGGAGAAGCUGCUAGUGAAGCUAAUGUACGACUCAUCCCGCCCUCAGCAUUAUCUGUCCGGAAACUUUGCUCCGGUACAGAUCGAAACACCUCCGACCGCUGACCUCCCUGUCAGAGGACACAUCCCUGAGUGCCUGAAUGGACAAUUCAUGCGGGUCGGUCCCAACUCCAAGUUUGCCCCCAUUGCCGGAUACCAUUGGUUUGAUGGAGAUGGAAUGAUUCAUGGCAUGCGCAUCAGAAAUGGAAAAGCAACAUAUGCCUCCCGCUAUGUGGAGACAUCCCGACUUCAGCAGGAGGAAUUCUUUCGGAGUGCUAAAUUCUUGAAGAUGGGAGACCUCAAGGGGCUGUUUGGCUUACUCAUGAUCAUCCUGCAAAUUCUGAGACUCAGAUCAUUCGAUAUUUCAUAUGGAUUAGGAACAAGUAAUACAGCUCUCACAUAUCACCACGGACAACUUCUAGCGCUUCAUGAGUUCGAUAAACCUUAUGUGGUUAAGAUUUUGGAAAAUGGGGACUUGCAAACUAUUGGGAUGCUAGACUAUGAAAAGAGACUCGGGCAUUCUUUUACUGCGCAUCCCAAAAUCGAUCCCUUCACGGGGGAGAUGUUCACUUUUGGCUGCUCAUUUAAGGCGCCACAUGUCACAUACCGAGUUAUUUUGAGAGACGGGUUCAUGCAUGAACCGGUGCCAAUCACAAUACCAGAGCACAUCAUGAUGCACGACUUUGCCAUCACUCAAAGCUAUGCCAUUUUCAUGGAUCUUCCAAUGUAUCUCAGACCUGCUAUGAUAAUGAAAGGAAAGAGCGUUCCUUACAUAUUCGAUGGCAUGAAAAAUGCACGAUUUGGUGUGCUACCAAGAUAUGCUGAGAACGAGCUGCAAAUCAGAUGGUUCGAGCUGCCAAGUUGCUUCAUAUUUCACAAUGCUAACGCUUGGGAGGAAGGCAACGAAGUUGUUCUGAUCACUUGCCGUGUCCAGAAUCCAGAUUUGGAAAGGCUUGAUGGAGCAAUGACAGGAAAUGCCAAAAAAUACAUAAGUGAACUAUAUGAGAUGAGAUUUAAUAUGAAAACGGGACUAGCUUCACAAAAGAAGUUAUCGGAGACUGCUAUAAAAUUUCCCCGGAUAAAUGAGAGCUACACUGGCAGGAAACAGAGAUAUGUGUAUGGGGCAAUUGUGGACAGCCUCGCCAAGGUAACUGGGAUUGCUAAAUUCGAUCUACAUGCUGAACCAGAGCCAGGAAAAGACAAGAUCAAAGUUGGAGGAAAUGUUCAAGGUGUCUUUCAUUUAGGAGCUGGUAGGUUCGGUUCAGAGGCCAUUUUCGUCCCCCGUGAACCCGGCAUUUCUUCAUCUGAAGAAGAUGAUGGCUACUUGAUAUUCUUUGCACAUGAUGAAAAUUCCAGGAAAUCACAGGCCAUCGUAAUUGACGCAAGAACAAUGUCAGCUGAGCCCGUCGCCGUGGUCGAAUUGCCUAAUCGGGUUCCAUAUGGGUUUCACGCACUCUUUGUGACCGAGGAGCAUAUUCGGGGGCAAGCUGUAUGAUCGACCUUCAAAACAGCCCACAAGUGAUGUCUGACUCAGGAAAUUUUCUAGUCGUGGCUCGGUGAAACAUAGAUAUGUGUAUGGAGCAAUCAUGGGCAGCAUUGCAAAGGUCACUGGGAUUGCAAAAUUCGAUCUACACACCGAACCAGGGACAGGAAAAGAUGAUAUCAAAGGUAUCUUUAACUUAGGAGCUGGCAGGUUCGGUUCAGAGGCCAUUUUCGUCCCCAGUGAACCCGGCUUUUCUUCUUCUGAAUAGGAUGCUUGAUAUUCUUUCUGCAAUACGAAAAUUCCGGAAAAUCACUGACCAUUGUAAUCGAUGCAAGAACAAUGUCAGCUGAUCCUGUUGCCUUGGUCGAAUUGCCUACUCGGUUCCCAUAUGGGUUUCACGCACUCUUUGUGUCCGAGGAACCAAUUCAGGAGCAAGAAGUAUGAUUGACCUUGAAAACCGGGUGUGCACAAGCUUCGCCUUAUGAUGGAUUCGAGACUGAAUCAUUAUUUCAACCAGUUUCCUCUUCGAGAAUAGAAGCGAAAGUUUAGGAGGGAGAGAGAUGGGACUCAAGGAACAGAACCAGAAGCUGCUUCCGUUGCUUGAGUUAAAUUACGUCAAUGAAGUCCUUGGAGCUGUCCUCAUUUCGUUAUCCAGAUGACAUGAAGUAUGGAAGUAAUAUAGAAGUGCACUUGCAUCGAAAUAGAUUCGUAAUGUAGAAUCCUGCCAACUAUUGUUUCGAGCCUUUUUCAUUGAGCAAAGAAAUUUUACAUCAUUCGUGGUCACUUUCCUAUAUUUCCUUAGUUUAGAAUUGGCAUUUCCAUCUGAUUCAGUUCAGCUGCAAGUAAUAGAUUUCAGUUUUCAGCAUUGAAUCUAAAGUUCUAAUACUACUUUCAUCCUCACGCGAUCAAAGAGACAAAGAACUUGUAGUCUCUUUUCCUGCA